CUUCCAAAAAGUUAGCCGAGCAAGAUAUCAGCUGAUUUUUUCACAACAAAAAUGCACGCUCUUAAUAAAAUGCUUUUAACUCAUCCGGUGACAGAAUAUGUUUGAUAUUUAUGAUGUCCCAAUCAGAAAAUAACUUUGAUCCAGCGUAAAGUGCGACUGUAGUGAUCUGAUGAAAACUGGUGUGUGGCAAUAACAGGGUAAACUUUCGUUAUGUGUCAGCGACAAAUAUCACUGUAUGAAGAUACUGUAUUUACAACUUUGAAGCAAAUUAAUCCUCUCUUUUGCAGAAUAAUAAUUAACGCUGACUAUCAAAAGUACUAGUACCAUUUUAACAAUUUCCAUAUAAAGCAACUGUUCGAAUUCCCCAAGUUGUCAAAAUGCCACUUCUUGAUCAUAAGUUUUCAUGCAUACCAGAAGAUAAACGAAUCGUGACCGAUUCUUUUCUUAAUAGCUGUGAUAAGAUUGUGGAGUUUUUUGAGGUCAUGGGCAAAGUUUUCACCCCUGUCAAAAGUGAUGUAAGUGGAAAUGUUGCAAAGAUUCGUAAACGAUUUGAGGAAAAUCCGAAGAAAUUUAGAACUCUGAAUGAUCUCAUCGAUACAGAGUUAGCUGAGACUGACAAAGCUCUGAAAGUCAAAAAUCAGGGUAUUGCCACCAAUGCAUUGAUGUGGCUAAGACGUGGAUUGCAGUUCAUAUCUCUCUUCUUUUCUCACCUAUUGAAGGAAGAUUAUGUGACCAAGGAUAAUUCGAAAAGAAUUUUGAAAAAUUGUGCGGUAAUGGCAUAUGAAGGAUCAUUGAAAAAAUACCAUGGAAUGCUUAUCGGCGGAGUAUUCAAAUUGGCAAUGAGGGCUUCACCUUAUCGCGAAGUAUUCCUAUCACAAAUUGCUGGUUGUGAGACAGUUGAUGAAUUUGAUGAUAAGAAAGAAGAAGAAACAAUUCAAGCUAUCAAAGACUUCGGUAUAAAUUUUGACCUGACUAUUGAUGUCAUACAGGAAUUGUUCAAGGAGAAAAAUGUAGAAAAUGAUUAUACAGUGUAAAUGUAAAUACUUUCAGAUAGCCAAUUCUGUAAUUGGAGGUAAUUGAAAAUUAUAGUUGUAAUUAUAUAUAUAACUAAAUUGGCUUCAUUUUCACUUACAAAAAAUAGCACUUUGUGUACCAUAAAUACAGACAAAUUAUAAUUUCUGAAUUAUUGAAUGCUAUUUAUCCUGAAAAGGGGAGAAAUGAAUUGAAUAUAAGUUGUUCAAUUUCUAUACCAAUAUUACUUUAUAGUGCAUCAAAAAAUUAAGAAGCAAUUUUUUCUCAUUCUAGUUUUAUAAUUUGCUUAGUUAUCAUCUGCUUAUAAAUUGUGUUUUGCAGUGUUUUUGUUAUAGGCAAAUGUCAUUAUCGACUCAUUUCAUUCAAGAAAAGUAACGCGAUUAGAAGUAACGGAAUUAAUAUUUGUGAAUAUAUACAUACGUAAUAAUAAUUAUUACUGUAAGUUGAACUUUUCUCCCAACCAUGGUAAUUUAAGCACACAUGUUGUAGGUCGCACUUAAGAAAUGAAUUUGUUUUAUUGUGAUUCGGAUUAGAUAUGUUUUUUGAAGUGCCUUUAUGUGAAUUUAAAAAAUGUCUUGUUUGGGUAUCAUUAAACUUGCUAUAUUAAUCGUACUUCUAGAAUUUUUGUAGCCUCUUGUCUGCUAUAAUCAUUUUAUGUUAUCGUAUAUCAAACUCAAGCUUGCCUAGAUCAAUUAUUUAAGCGUUAAAAAAAAAUGCUCCUUCUUAUUAACAAUAAUUGGGUGGGUUAAAAUAUACAUGCUAUUAUUGUGCCAUAUUUGAUGUAGGUAUAUAUAAAGCAUAUUUGAUGCCUUUUGUGUUAUUCGAUUUUCUGUGAGACUUAAAAGUACAUUGAUACAAAAAUUUUCAGACAACUUAAUUGUGCACACUAAUGAAUUUAAUUAUUUAUGCCUAUUUAUUCUUUAGGAACUGAAAAUUUCUUUGUUUUGUGCCAAGAUGGAAGUUAUUUGUUGCUUACCUAUUAUUGUGUGCCAACUACCGUAACUUUGCUUGAGAUGAAGGCCAUAAAAUGUACCAAGUCCCUUUGCCAUUCAAUAUCUAUGACUAUGAGGUUUAGUUAAUAAGUAACUUACCAGGCAAUUGAGUUAUCGGUGCUAGUUGUGUAAACACAGCUUCUAUUUGCUGUCUAGCUAGAUUUUAUGCCUUGCAAUCUAACUUACUAUUAUGUAGCAUCAUUAUGUUACUUGCUCUUAUCGUAAAACUGACACAAUUUUGCUGUAAUGUGAGUGUAUAUUAGUACCAUGACUUUAUGUUUGUAAGAAAUUCUGGUUGGCAGAAUAAUCCUGUACUUGCAAUGUAAUUGUCAUUCUGUCUGUAUUGCAUUGCUAUAUCGUAAUAGCUGAAUGCUUUUUCAUGACGUUGUGGUGCUGUACUAAUCUGCUUUAUAUCAUGUUACAUUCCCAAGAAGCAACUCUGUCAAGUUGUCUAAAUCAUGUUUAUGAUAUUGUACAAAUAAUAAUUAAAAAUAAUUUUGUUCAUGUAAUGUAAUGAUAGAAAA